CACAAUUUAGAGCUGCUACCCAACUCGACACUGCCAGUUGUACCGACACACGGAACAAGCUUCAAUUCUAGCAGUAUUCAAUUGCAGCGGAAUACAAGCUUCUAAUCUACUGAUUUAUUACACGUAAAUAUAGCAGAACCGCCUUUGGCGACCACUUGCUUUAGCACCGUCACCGGCGCCUGGAAAGAUGUCGUUUGACACCAAGAAAGCGACAGAAAAGGUCAAUAAUGUGCUUGGAGAGGCGAUUAACCUAGCCAAGGAGGACAAGCACGCGGCGCUGACGCCGACUCAUCUAGCGGUUGUUCUCUUCGAGGAGCCGCAUGGCCUGGCCAAGGUUGCCGCCACCAAGGUGGCCGGCGAGGAGGUGUGGCGCUCCGCCAUCCGAGUGCUGCGCAAGCGCCUCACCAAGCUGCCGAAGGUCGACCCCGCGCCCGAAUCCGUCUCGCCCGGCCGCGAGCUGAGCAAGGUCCUGACCGCGGCCGCCAAGCUGCAGAAGGACCGCGGCGAUGCCUUCCUGGGCACCGACACGCUGCUGACGGCGGUGAUCAACGCCGCCGAGGUGUCGGAGGCGCUGGGAGAGGCGGGCAUCAGCAAGGCGCAGCUGGAGACCGCGCUGAGCGAGGUGCGGCAGGCGGCCGGCGGCGGCCCCAUCAACAGCGAGACGGCGGACGCCAACUUCGACGCCCUGGCAAAGUACGGCACCGACCUCACCGCCAACGCCGCACGUGCCGACCCCGUGAUCGGCCGUGACGACGAGAUCCGGCGCGUGGUGCGCGUGCUGUGCCGCCGCACCAAGAACAACCCGGUGCUCAUCGGCGAGCCGGGUGUGGGCAAGACCGCCAUUGUGGAGGGACUGGCACAGCGCAUCGUCAAGAACGACGUGCCUGAGACGCUGCAGGGCGUGCGCCUGAUCAGCCUGGACAUGGGGUCGCUGGUGGCGGGCGCCAAGUACCGCGGCGAGUUCGAGGAGCGGCUCAAGGCGGUGCUGAACGAGGUGGCGCAGCAGCAGGGCAAGGUGGUGCUGUUCAUCGACGAGCUGCACCUGGUGCUGGGCGCGGGCAAGAGCGGAGACGGAGCCAUGGACGCGGCAAACCUGCUCAAGCCCAUGCUGGCUCGCGGCGAGCUGCGCUGCAUUGGCGCCACCACCCUAGGCGAGUACCGCGAGCACAUUGAGAAGGACGCGGCCUUCGAGCGCCGCUUCCAACAGGUGCUGGUGAAGGAGCCGUCCGUGCCCGACACCAUCGCCAUCCUGCGCGGCAUCAAGGACCGCUACGAGACGCACCACGGCGUGCACAUCACCGACCGCGCGCUGGUCGUGGCGGCGGAGCUGAGCGACCGCUACAUCACCACCCGCUUCCUGCCCGACAAGGCCAUCGACCUGGUGGACGAGGCGUGCGCCAACAUGCGCGUGCAGCUGGACUCCAAACCCGAGCAGCUGGAUGCGCUGGAGCGGCAGCGGCAGCGGCUGCAGGUGGAGGCGGCGGCGCUGGCCAAGGAGAAGGACGCGCUGAGCAAGGCGCGCGCCAAGGAGGUGGGCAAGGAGCUGGCGGCGCUGGAGGAGGCGCUGAGGCCACUGCAGAUGAAGUACGCGCAGGAGAAGGCCAGGCUGGAGGAGCUCCGCAGGCUGGGUCAGAAGCGCGACGAGAUCCUGGUCAACAUCCAGAUCGCGGAGCAGCACGGCAACCUGGCGCGCAUCGCCGACCUGCGCUACGGCGCGCUGCCUGACGUGGAGGACCGCAUCAAGCAGGUUCGCGCGGCCGCGCCCUCCGACGCCAUGCUGAGCGAGGAGGUGGGCACGGAGGAGAUCGCGGUGGUGGUCAGCCGCUGGACCGGCAUCCCCGUCAACCGGCUCAAGCAGACGGAGCGCGACAAACUGCUCAGCCUGCGGUCGGAGCUGCAGCAACGCGUGGUGGGCCAGGACGCGGCGGUGGCGGCGGUGGCGGAUGCGGUGCUGCGCUCGCGGGCGGGCCUGGCGGCGCGCGGCCGCGGCUCCUCGUUCCUGUUCCUGGGCCCCACGGGUGUAGGCAAGACGGAGCUUGCCAAGGCCCUGGCGCAGCUGCUGUUUGACGACGAGAAGAUGAUGAUCCGCAUCGACAUGGGCGAGUACAUGGAGAAGCACAGCGUCAGCCGCCUCAUCGGCGCACCGCCCGGCUACGUGGGCCACGAGCAGGGCGGCCAGCUGACGGAGGCGGUGCGGCGGCGGCCGUACAGCGUGGUUCUGUUUGACGAGGUGGAGAAGGCGCACGCCGAGGUGUUUAACGUGCUGCUGUCCAUCCUGGACGACGGCCGCGUCACCGACUCCAAGGGCCGCACAGUCAACUUUGCAAACACCGUCAUCAUCCUCACCUCCAACCUGGGGGCGGAGGCGCUGCUCCACGCGGCGCACGACGUGCUGGCGCACCCGGGCAAGGCGGCGGCGGGCCAGGACCCGUACAAGGCGGCCCGCGAGAGCGUGCUGGCGGCCGUGCGGCGCUUCUUCCGUCCCGAGUUCCUGAACCGCCUGGAUGACAUCGUGGUGUUUGAGCCGCUGCGGCCGGAGCAGCUGGUGGACAUCGCGCGGCUCAUGGGCAACGAGCUGGCGGCGCGCCUCACGCCGCGCAACAUCACCCUCACCUUUACGGAGCCCGCGCUGCAGUUCGCGGUGAGCCAUGCCUACGACCCGGCCUACGGCGCGCGGCCGCUGCGGCGCUGGAUGGAGCAGAAGGUGGUGACGCAGCUGUCGCGCAUGGUGGUGGGCGGCGACCUGCCCGACAACAGCAAUGUGGAGGUGGGGCUGGCGGAGGGUGGGCGCGACUUUGACUACCGUGUGUGGCCCAAGCCGGCGGCGGAGGCGGGCGGCGGCAACGGCAGCGGCGCGGCGACGGAGGCGCUCCUGAAGAAGGCGCGCAUGUACAGCGUGGAGCACCCGGACGAGGGUGAGGACAGCAUGGAUGAGGGUGACGAUGUGGGCGCGAUGCGCGACUAGAUAGCGCGGUUUGAGGUUGGCGUCAUAGCUUGUUGAUAGCGCAGCAACGGACGGGGAGACUGGCUGGUUGGUUGCACUGUAGUGGGCGGGCCCUGUGGAGGCCGCUUAGGAUUGCACCGUGUGUUUGGGCGCCAUGGAUGCGCGCGCACACAUGUACAGCAUGCAAGUCAGGGCCAUCUUGUGGAUGUGCCACGCACAUCUAUGCUGCCAUAACAAGUAGCUAUUAGCGCAGCUGGGAUGUACAUUGGCAAACGGACUGUAUAGGGGACUGCAAGUACUGCCGCUGGAUUGGCAAGGCGACAAAGGCCCCUUUGGCUGUCAUGUAUGCGGCGCCUGUGUGUGGGCCGCUGAGAAUUGCGGGAGCAGGUUGUCGUCACGUUGUUGAGUAGGCAGGUCUGAUAGAUUACUGGGCUCGUACAGUUGAAACUGCAUGUUUGCACUAUGGAUAUGAAAUUAUAUAGAAGGAACAGUCCGACCGCAGGUGUACUAAUAUGUCGGGACGUGUGUUGCGCGUGUGGAAGUUGGCGGGCCCCUAGGGGCAAACCCAUACAGAACGCCAGGGAUUGCCUGCAGUCCUAACCGUUGGACGCCAGGAGAGUGCUCCAUGCACCGAUUGUGUAUCAUGAGCGCAUGUAACACACGCCGAGG